AUGGCGGACCAACACCAGAUCUAUAAGCUAUUUGAUGUCGAUAAAAGAGGUCCCCAGAGACAAGGAAUGGUCACUAUUAACAAAUCUGACACAGUGGGCGAUCUCCAACACAAAAUUCAAGCAUUCCCCCGCUACAAGGAUGUAGACCCGUCUGACCUCAAAUUGUUCCAAGUCGACGUGCUUGAUACAGAGGAUCUAGAACAAGAACUCGCCAAGAAAAUCACUGCGUUAGGACGGCCGCUCAGGCCAACCCGCCUGAAAAUACCAUACAUCUUGUCGUGCGCCUGGAACCCUUCAAGAGUACAGAGGAAGCGCGAGGAUUCUCCAUCUGCCGAAGAUCCGGAAACGAACCGAAGGAAGAACCUGGCAAACCUGGCCAAAGCCAACCUUUCCCCACCGUCCUGCUCCGUGAAGAAGAUGCUCGCACAAUAUCAGAGCUGCAUCGAUAUCAACCUACCCACUGCCGAUCCCGAGACGAUUCCUAUUUCGCUCCUCCAUGAAGUUUUCGGGACGUUCCUAGACAGCUAUCAGACACAUCAGCCAACUGCAUAA